CCCCUGCACCUUCACCUCAAAUUAAGGUUCUCCUCAGUACAUUAAGCCUCGGAUCAGGGAAACAACGCUUCCACUAAAAAACCAAACAAACACUGUUCUCACUUGCUUUUAUGCUGUUCUCAAAACUCUCUCCAUUUUCCCCCCUGUUUCUAGGUGUAAUUUUGGGAAGUUGCAGAGGAGAGAAGCCUGUUCAGAGAAGAUGGAAAAGACCAUCGCUGCGAAGUGCUGCAACAAUCAACGCUGGUUUGUGCUGUUAGUCUCCUUGGUUUUCUGUUUUGAGUUGCUUUGCUUUGAUUACUCAGCUAUAACUGGUGGAAAUAAUGGGGUCGCUAUUUUGGAUAACAAUCAUGCAAAUGCAAUCAGCACCCAAAAUUCUCUAUCCCAUGAUUUCGCUGAAAGUUCUAAUGAUAGCAUUUCUCCAUUGCCCAAUAGCCCACUUGUCGAUGUUGUGGUUAACAAAACAGAUGAAGCCAACAAAAAGGCUGACAGAGAGGAAGAAUUGAAAGUGGAACCUCAUUUAGAUUCUUGUUUGGGAAGAUAUAUAUUUGUUCACGAUCUUGCUAGUAGAUUUAAUAAGGAUUUGGUUAAGAAUUGUCGGUUGCUUACUAGGGGAACUGAUAAAAAUAUGUGUCCGUACUUAGAAAACUUUGGUUUUGGUCCUCAAAUUGAAAACCCUGAAAAUGUUUUGCUGAACAAUAGCUGGUUUUUAACAAAUCAGUUCUUGUUAGAAGUCAUCUUUCACAACAAGAUGAAAAAGUAUGAGUGUUUAACCAAUGAUUCGUUGAAAGCAUCAGCUGUUUUUGUACCGUUCUAUGCUGGUCUUGAUAUGAGCAUGUAUCUUUGGGGGUUCAACAUUUCAGUGAGAGACUCGGCUUCUCUUAUUCUUGUUAAGUGGCUAGCAGAAAAGCCUGAAUGGAAAAGAAUGUGGGGAAGAGAUCAUUUCUUAGUUGCUGGAAGGAUUGCAUGGGAUUUCAGGAGACAAACAGAUAAUGAAUCCGAUUGGGGUAGCAAGCUUAGGUUCUUGCCCGAAUCGAAGAACAUGUCAAUGUUGUCAAUUGAAUCAAGUUCCUGGAACAAUGAUUAUGCAAUUCCAUACCCGGCAUGCUUCCAUCCUUCAAAGGACAGUGAGGUUUUCCAAUGGCAGGACAGAAUGAGAAGGCAAAAGCGGCGCUAUCUCUUUUCCUUUGCUGGUGCCCCUAGGCCUGAAUAUCAGAACUCCAUCCGGGGCAAGAUUAUAGAUGAAUGCUUAGCUUCAGAGAAUCAAUGCAAGUUACUGGAUUGUAAUUAUGGUGCAACAAAUUGUGAUAACCCAGUUAAUGUAAUGAGAGUCUUUCAGAGCUCAAUCUUUUGCUUGCAGCCUCCAGGGGAUUCAUACACAAGGAGAUCGAUUUUCGACUCAAUUUUGGCAGGGUGUAUUCCAGUAUUUUUCCAUCCAGGUACUGCAUAUGCCCAAUACACAUGGCAUUUACCAAAGAAUUAUACUAAAUACUCAGUGUACAUACCAGUAAAGGAUUUAAGCGAAUGGAAAAUCAACCUCAAUGAAACAUUGCUGGGAAUUUCAGAAGAUAGAAUAUUGGCCUUGAGAGAGGAGGUAAUAAGGCUAAUCCCAAGAGUAGUUUAUUCAGAUCCAAGGUCUAGAUUAGAGACUCUUGAGGAUGCAUUUGAUUUAGCAGUUAAGGGAAUUCUGGAGAGAAUAGAAAGUGUUAGGAAUAUGACUAGGGAAGGGAAGGAUCCUAGUAUUGGAUUUGCAGAUGGGGAUGAUUACAAGUAUACAUUUUCUCCUUAUGGGAAUGGCAUUUGAACUUAUUGCAGUAGAAACUCAUCAUCAGUGUUCUUUGUCCUUCAGCUCAAGCAAACAUAAGUAUAUAUUUAAUUCAGUCCUUACAAUAUUUUAUAUAUAUAUAAAAUUUUUUCAUA